CCGCGGAAGUCAAUGUCAGCUUGUGAAACUGCACAUCGAUGGCCCUGUCCUCUUCUUGAACACACCUGCAACAUGGCCAUCACCGAGCUGGCCCUCCUCCGCCUUUCCGGCAAGGAAACCCUCGCCACCAUGCGACCGUUCCUGCAGCGCAUCAAGGACGUCACCGAGGCCUGGACGCGUCGCCCCGGCACGGUGCGGUAUUUUCAACAGGCCGACGACGCCCGUGCCAUCUACCUCGUCGGCCAGUGGACCAGCCUCUCGGAGCACAUGGACGGCUUCAUCCCGUCUGCGGGCAACCAGGCCCUGCUCCAGGAGGGCGCGGGCCGGUUCGCCAUCGAGGCCUUUUUGCACUUUGAGGCCGUGAUGCCGCGGGGCGACCUCGGCACCGGGGUCUGCGUCGUCAGGAACUUUUGCAAGCUGGGAGCCCGAGAGGCGGGCUCUGGGCAGGCGAUGGAGAAGGCUGCCGAGUUGAUUAGCGGCCAUACGAGUCCUGUAGCGGGCUGGAGGGUGGAUGUGCCCGAGCACGAGGCGAUGGAGGAGUUUGUCAUCUGCGGGUGGCCGGCGGACGGGACGGACCAUCUCCGCCGAUAUCACGAUGCUGUCGAGGGCUGGGUGGACAGGAUUGAGGCGAAGCAUGCCAUCGAGAUCAGGGUGUAGACGAGGCGAUUAUCGCUCUGUCACCAAUGAUGAGCCCAGCUCACAACCACACAACAUGUAUCCUUUCAAUUCCAGACAUGGCUGCCUACGCUUUGGCUUGCUCGUAUCGACCGAGUGUACCACG